CUGAUCUCCUCUCACAAAUGAAACCAUUUUCGUUCACGAAGCGUGAUGAAGAAAUACAAAUUUUAUCCAAACGAUUAUCCAAAUCUUCUCCCUGCAUAUUCCCCGAAGAAAAAGAAGAGGUGAAGCAAUUUAGGGCGAAACCAGUGCCAAAACAUUUAUUCAGCAACUAUAUUUACCACAAGAUGUACGAAGAUGAGUUUUAUAGGUCACUUCAGAAGAAAAUAAGAGCAACGGAGAUGCUGAAAGCUGCUUCACUUCCACCAUCAAUGGCAAAAAGGGAGCAAAAUAGAAAAAUUUAUGACGUUUGUCCGAAAUCCUACAAAACCAUGACAUACGAUGAGGAAUUCCCAGAAUUUAUGAGGAGUAAGAAGAUACCCGACUUCAAGAAAUUUCAUGAUCAUUAUGAGAAGGAACUGGAAGAAUUGAAGAAUGAAUUCAUUAGUACGAGUCCUAGACCUUUCAAAUUCAGGAGGUCCAAAUCUAAGUGUAAAAAGGAUAACAAAACAAUAUCCUCAAGCAGUUCGAGUAGAACCAAUUCAGCGUCAGGUUUGAGGGCGGUGAGCAGAUCAAAUUUAGCUGCGGUUUUAAGGAUCGAAUCGGCCAGGAAACGGCUGCAGAAUCACAUGGAUCAGAAAUUGGAAGAAGCUAGAGUCAAGGAAGAAGCCAGAUGGAGGGAAAAAAUAAUGAGAAAAAAGCCAGUGUGGCAAUCUUUGGCUUACAGUCAUGAAGAAGAUCUUCAGAUGAGAUUACGUAUGCGAAAAGAAGAAGAACGCCUCAGGAACGAAGAGCAUCGAUUACGAAUGGAAUUGAUGUUUGGCAGAGUUAAUCAGCAACCAACACUUUUCGAAAGACAAUCGCAGUCAAAAUAUCCGAAAACCAAAGAAGACAUUUUGGAAGAAUUCUACAAGGAGAAUAGUUUCAUCAAGCCACGUAGAAGCGUAAGUGAUCUAUCCGGUUGUUAUUACAACAACGAAAUCAAAGAAGAAGGCAGCAAAGUCGAUCGAAGUGAACUAAAUGAAAUCGUAUCAGGAAAAGGAGAUAUUCAGGAUGAUGACAAAGAUAAAUCUGUGACAGCACAAUUCGACGAACGCGGUUAA